UUAACGGUUAACAACGAAGCUUCGAGAGAGAGAAAGAAAGAGUUGGGUUUUCAGUUCAGUAGGGUUUCGCUAUCUACAUAGUACAUACCAGAGACACACACAGCGAAGAACCAUCAUCGCUUCUGACUCCCACUGGUUGAUAAAUAGCAGUUGGUUGGAACAAUAAGAGAGACAAUCCAAGUAACAAAAGGUUGGAAGAGGGAUGAAAAGAUAUAAAAUAGUUUACAAGUAAAAAAGAAGAGGAAAGAAUGGAUACUAGCAACAAUAUUGUUGCUAUUGUGUAUUUUGAUGGUUCCAUUAGUACAGCCACAAAUGAAGGUGUAACAUUUAUAUGUGAUGAACCAACAUUUUUCACAAUUCCCCAAUCCAUGUCCUUCGUGGAACUAAACGCUGGUCUUUGUCAAGAUAUAAAUGGCGGCAGUAAAAGGGAAGUGGUGAAAAUAAUAUACAGGUGUCCAAUAUCAAUUGUUAAUGGAAAUAUAAAAUAUCAAGCAGUUAAAAUAAGCAGUGACAAUGAUAUGAGACUACUGUGUAUGACAUAUAGACAGUUUCAACCACACAUUACUGUCAUUGAGCUAUAUGUAGAGUUCGAAGAUGUUGCUAAAGCCAAUGACGAUGGAGCUGGUCCCAAUUCAUGUCCGGUCAAAGAGCAGUGUGAUGAAGAAGUUUCGACAUCAUGUCCAGCUAAUCAGCAGUGCAAUGAAACAGUUCUGAGAUCAUGUUCAGCUAACAAGCAGCGCGAUGAAACAGUUCCGUGUGUAUCUCCAGCUAACCAUCAGUGUGAUGAAACAGUUCCUAGUUCAUAUCCACAACUUGAAGAAGUUAAGCCAAGCCCAUUUCCAAUAAGAGGUACAGAGUGUGAAAUUAACAAUAGUGAAAUUGAUAAUUUCUUAGAACAAGAACAUAGAAGUGGUGGCAAUGGUGCAGAUGAUACUGAUGGUUGUGAAGAUGAGGAGAAUGUACCAAAUAGAGUGGCUAUUGAGCAUCCAUUCAAGCCUGUACCAUUCAUGCGUACUUUAGAUCUUGAAGCUAUGCAUGCCCCUGAGUUUCCAGAGUAUGUAAAUGUGAGUAAGAAUUAUGCUGCAAAUGGUAAAUUGUGUGUUGGAAUGCUAUUCAAGAAUAAAGAGGGUGUAGUACAAGCAAUUAAAAAUUACAGUUUAUCUAAAUCAGUGGAUUACAAAGUUCAUGAGUCAGAACCAGCAACUUUUUAUUGCAAGUGCAAGUACUUUGGUUCAGGGUGCAAAUGGCUUGUUAGGGUCAGUUUCAUAAAGAAUAAGGAUGUUUGGGAAAUCAGGAGAUACAAUGGACCACACACCUGUAACUCAGAGAUGGUCUCUCAAGACCAUACAAAGUUGGAUUCUGACAUGAUUGCACAACAUAUAGGGCCUAUGGUCCGAGAUGAUCCAUCUUUCAAUGUAAAUCAUGUGAUUUCAGAGAUUCAAUCUCGGUAUGGAUACACAACAACAUACCGUAAAGCAUACUUGGCAAAACAAAAGGCAAUUGAAAAUGUUUAUGGUAGUUGGGAGGGCUCAUUUGAAAUUCUGCCGAAAUGGUUGGAAGCAUUGUCUCUUAUUGUUCAUGGUUCAAUUGUUGAACUUGAAACACUACCAGCCUACCAUGGCACUGAGCUGUUGCCGAAUGUUCGAUUAUUCCAUCGAUUGUUUUGGACAUUUGGGCCUUGCAUAAAAGCGUUUGAACAUUGCAAACCAAUAGUCCAGGUAGAUGGGACACAUUUGCAUGGAAAAUAUGAAGGGAUUUUAUUGGUUGCAGUUGCACAAGAUGGCAAUCAAAGUCUAUUGCCAAUCGCAUUUGCAAUUGUUGAUGAUGAGACCGUAGAUGCAUGGUAUUUUUUUCUAUUUAACCUACGUAAGCAUGUAGUGAUGAAGGAUGGGGUUACCAUCAUUUCUGAUGACCACGAGUCAAUUAAAACAGCAAUAAAUCGAUGUCAUGAUAUGUGGGCACCACCGAAAGCAUUUCACAUGUAUUGCAUUCGACACAUAGCUUCUAAUUUCUUGAGGAAAUUUGAGAAGCCCUACUUGCAUCGACUUGUUGUGAGCAUAGGGUAUUCAAGGACUGAGCGUGAAUAUAAUUACCACUACAAGCAAAUGCGUCAACAUGGCGAUGCAUAUACCAAGUGGCUUGAUGAAAUUCCUCGAGAAAAGUGGGUUCAAGCCUUUGAUGGUGGACACCGAUAUGGACAUAUGACGACGAAUUGUUGAAUGUAUAA